AUGUCGUGGCUUUUCUUUAUAAAGAAGCUAUACUCUCUUGACACACUAGACACCCGUUUCACCUCAUCGACAAAGACUCCGCACAAACUCACAAACGAAGACUCGAUAGCAGACUCGAAACUUCCCGCACAGGAAGUCUUGCAAUCAGGACAGAGUCAAGCUCUGCCAGGCACUCGACCAUCAAAAUGGAACACUCCAGAAUUCUACUGCUACUAUUUCUGCUUUCUUACCAUUCCCUUUUUUAUGGUAAAAGCUGUGUAUGAUGUUUCCCAGGAAUCCCAUCCCAACCACUCUCGUUAUUCUCAUCUAUUAUCAGACGGCUGGAUCCCUGGCCGCAAAGUCGACAACUCAGACUCACAGUAUGCUGGCUUCCGCGACAACAUUCCAUACAUGACACUUCUCUUGAUCUUGCAUCCAUUGCUCCGCAAGGCUUACAACUCUUUCUGGCGUAUCGACUCAUAUACCAAAGCUGCUCCAUCGAACAGCAGGCUUUCUGGACUCACGCAAGGCUUGAGUCCUUCUGCAGCCGCAGAUGCUAGAAUGGAGCACAGAAUCUCCUUCGAUGUCAUGUUUGCUGUCAUCUUCAUCUUUGCGUUGCAUGGAUUCUCCGCACUAAAAGUUCUUCUUAUCUUGUUCGUCAACUACAAGCUGGCCACUCAGUUUCCUAAGUCGUACGUACCAGCUGCCACGUGGAUAUUCAAUGUUGGAGUCUUGUUCGCAAAUGAGUUGUGCCAUGGCUACCCUAUGGCUCAGGUUGCUGCUCUCAUACUGCCUUCUCAAACCAGUGCUGCCGAGAAAAGUAAUCAAACACCGGGAUGGGCUGGCUGGAUUGAUAGCUAUGGCGGUAUCCUACCACGCUGGGAGAUUCUUUUCAACAUCACCGUGCUUCGCCUGAUCAGCUUCAACCUUGAUUACUACUGGAGUUUGGGUGCUCCUUCUUCCAUCGAGAAGAAGCAACUCGAUCCUUCGAACUUAUCAGAGCGUGACAGAGUCUCCGUGCCUGCAAAGUCAGCGGACUUUAGCUUCCGCAACUAUCUUGCCUACGCUCUCUACUCGCCUCUAUACCUUGCAGGGCCCAUACUGACUUUCAACGAUUACAUCUCGCAGUCGCGGUACCCACUUGCGUCCAUUAACACCAAACGUACCUUGAUGUAUGGUAUCCGCUUCCUCGUCUGUGUACUCACCAUGGAGUUAUGCCUCCACUUCUUGUACGCUGUGGCCAUCAGCAAAGCCCAGCCAGCUUGGGAGGUCUACUCGCCAAUGCAAUUGAGCAUGCUCGGGUACUUCAAUCUCCACAUUAUCUGGCUGAAGUUGUUGAUUCCCUGGCGCUUCUUCCGCUUGUGGUCACUCGUUGAUGGCAUCGAUCCGCCAGAGAACAUGGUUCGCUGCAUGAGUGACAAUUACUCGGCAUUGGCGUUCUGGCGCGGCUGGCACAGGAGUUUCAACCGCUGGAUCGUCAGAUAUAUCUACAUUCCCAUCGGUGGCAGUGGACAGGGCAAAGUACGCGCCAUCGGCAACUUCCUCGCUGUCUUUACCUUUGUCGCGCUCUGGCAUGAUAUCAACCUCAAACUACUCAUCUGGGGCUGGCUCAUCACGUUGUUCGUUCUUCCUGAAGUCAUCUGCACACUUUUGUUCCCAGCCAAGAAGUGGAAGGAUAGUCCAGAUGUCUAUCGCUGGAUUUGUGGUGUCAGCGCUACUGGAAAUGUUCUUAUGAUGAUGGCUGCUAAUCUUGUCGGAUUUGCUCUCGGAGUGGAUGGCUUGAAGGCUAUGGUCGGCAAUAUCGUGGGCAGUCUUGGUGGAUGGGCUUUCCUUGUUGGUGCAUGUGGUACGCUGUUUGUCGGUGUCCAAGUCAUGUUUGAGAUUCGUGAGAGCGAGAAGAGGAAGGGCAUCAAUAUGAAGUGUUGA